GUCGAUCGCGAACGAAACUAUAAAGUUGUUUUCUUCUUAAUGUAGGCCAGAUAUUUCGUUCAUUUGCGCUGACUCCAAUAUUUUACUUUUCACUGCACUGCGCUGUCAUCGUUUAAUUUCAUCACCAUGAAUCGCGCCACCGAGCCAAGAGACCGUUACAAUCUCCGCAAGGCCCUGGCCCUCAUGGAAAGGGAUAUCAAAUUACUCAGAGAGACAGACACCCAUGUUCUUGAUCAGGGUAUCAUGAAACGGUACAAAGUCCGAGCAUUACCGCUAAGUCUCAAUGCUCAAGACGCUCGCGCACCCAAGUUUUUCACCCCUUUCGUUCCAGAAAACAUGCCGGAACCUACGGCGGAGUAUGUCGACCACGAGUACAACACAUCUUCUACGCUGUCACCAGGCGAAUGGGGAUGGUCUAUCUACCUUUACCUUGACGCGUAUAUCCACAAGCUACUGGUCAAAUAUCCUGAGGUUUGGCGGACGUGGUCGUGUAAGCAGGUGGGAGAUUAUGAUUUCGGAGACCUCUACCGAACUUUCGACCCUAAAUUCGGAUCGCUGGCGAUCUGGCAUGUUUUAGAGUCCUCAAGGCCGCAUAUCAAGUGCAUCAUGCACAACAACCUCGACUCUGAUGACAACUACCUCCUCCGUGGGGAGGUGUUAACUGUCAUCCGCAUUAUGCUGGGCCAACUGAAGCAGAAGAUCUUUGUAAAUGAUAUGAUCGCACCGGUUCUACUAUUUUCGUUGAAUCGACGGCGUCCACGCGUCAUUGAGGCAUACUUUGAUGGACAGGAGCUGGUAGUACGCCGCACUGAACCCUAUGAUUUUCAAUAUUUGAACACAGAAGGGUUCAAAACAUUUGCGCAAUGGUUCCUUGGAGAUCCCAUCGGCGAUACAUCAAAAUGGGCAGUCCGGACUUGAUGCGCCGGUCAGAUGAUGCAAGAUAUUGGAUUAUGAUGUUUUCAUGGUUUGAUGAUUUGUAUGGAAGUGAAACAGUUCUUCAUAGUUAUUGUGCUCAAUGUUCUUCUUGGUGUGAUCUAUAGCCAUAGCAUAGCAAUC